GCCCCUUAUCCCCGCAGGCCUGCGGGGCGGGGCGAGCGUGGAGCGCCCUCUCCGGACAGGACUAAUUAAAGGGGGAAGCCCCGCUUCUCACUGUACGCUCGCUGCAGCUGCUGUGGACUUCACGUCUGCUCUAAGGAAAUUAUGUUACCCAACACCGGGAGGCUAGCAGGAUGUACAGUUUUUAUCACAGGUGCAAGUCGUGGCAUUGGCAAAGCUAUUGCAUUGAAAGCAGCAAAGGAUGGAGCAAACAUUGUCAUUGCUGCGAAGACCACCCAUGCAAACCCCAAACUUCCAGGCACAAUCUUUACUGCUGCUGAAGAGAUUGAAGCAGCUGGAGGAAAGGCCUUACCAUGUGCUGUUGAUGUGAGAGAUGAACAGCAAAUCAGUGAUGCGGUGAAGAAAGCAGUGGAGCGAUUUGGAGGAAUUGAUGUUUUGGUGAAUAAUGCCAGUGCUAUUAGUUUGACCAACACAUUGGAAACACCUACAAAGAGAGUGGAUUUGAUGAUGAAUGUCAACACCAGAGGCACCUUUCUGACAUCUAAAGCUUGUAUUCCUUACUUGAAAAAGAGUAAAAUUGCUCAUAUCCUCAAUCUCAGCCCACCACUGAACCUAAAUCCCAUGUGGUUCAAACAGCACUGUGCUUAUACCAUUGCUAAGUAUGGUAUGUCUAUGUGUGUGCUUGGAAUGGCAGAAGAAUUUAAGGGUGAAAUUGCAGUGAAUGCAUUAUGGCCAAAAACAGCCAUCCACACCGCUGCUAUGGAUAUGCUGGGAGGAUCUGGUAUUGAAAGCCAGUGUAGAAAAGUCGAUAUCAUCGCAGAUGCUGCCUAUUCAAUUUUUAAAAAGCCAAAGAGUUUUACUGGAAACUUUAUUGUUGAUGAAAAUAUCUUAAGAGAAGAAGGAAUACAUAAUUUUGACAUCUAUGCAAUUAAACCAGGCCAUCCUUUGUUACCAGAUUUCUUCUUAGAUGAACACCCAGAUACAAUUAUCAAGAAAGUGGAAUCACAUGAUGCUCUUCCAGAAUUGAAACAAGAGAAGUCACAGCCACCACCAAAACCACGUUCUGGAGCCGUGGCAGAAACAUUUAGAAUCGUUAAGGACUUCCUCAGUGAUGACCUUGUUAAAGCCACUCAAGCAAUUUAUCUGUUUGAACUCUCAGGUGAAGAUGGUGGAACAUGGUUUCUUGAUCUUAAAAGCAAAGGUGGGAAUGUCGGAUAUGGAGAGCCCUCUGAACAGGCAGAUGUGGUGAUGAGUAUGUCUACUGAUGAUUUUGUAAAAAUGUUUUCAGGGAAACUAAAACCAACAAUGGCAUUCAUGUCAGGAAAAUUGAAGAUUAAAGGAAACAUGUCCCUAGCAAUCAAAUUGGAGAAGCUAAUGAAUCAGAUGAAUGCCAGGCUGUGAAGGAAAAGGGG